CGGUUUUCGCGUCGAUCGAUAACCGGGAAAGUGUGACCGUAGUCGAGCGAUGCGCGCACUGCAUGGCGACGACGUCGACGACGACCACGACGACGGCGACGACUAGCUCGACGACGACCACCACGACAACGGCAGGCCCGGACUAUCCUUAAUGUCAGACGCGAGCCUCCUCUCGGCCUCAGUUUUGUUUACCGUGUCCUCGCGUAAACAGCAGAGAGCCGGCCAAGAAGAUGAUAGUUACGAGGCCCCGUUUCCUACCUGCUAUCGUCAUCCUGAUCCUGAUCGAGGCACCCGACCGUGGUGACAGCAUAUCGUACAACACAGUGAGAGCAUGGGCGCACAAAUUGGGCUUCGAGCUGUCGCAGUUGGGAAAAUACGUGACCAACGUGGAGAAGUUCCACGAGAGUUACAAGCAAGCAGUAGUGAAGCCACGUGAUGGUAACGCCUUGGUCCACGAGAUCGCCAAGGACAUUAACGCUAUGAUGGAGUCGAAGAUAUCGGCUAUCAAGAGAAUCAUGGACGUGGCAGAGACAUCAGCUCAAUCAGCUCCAGACGUGGAUCCUCCGAAAACCUUCCAAUUCAUCGACGCGAAGAACAACACGAUUGAACUGAAGUUCAGUGCUCAUUUUGGUGGCCAGGUGAACUUGAACAUGUCUGCGGUUCAUGUACCAACGAACGUCUACGAGAGAGCAUCGAACGUAGUCAGGGCAAUCAGAUGGUCCGAAGAGUUGGAUAAGACCUUCAUCUAUAAUUAUGAACAAGAUCCUUCAUUGUCCUGGCAGUACUUUGGUAGUGCAACAGGAUUCAUGAGACAGUACCCUGCGAUGAAUUGGUUCAUGGAACCGGUUGACCUUUUCGACUGCAGAACCAGGAGUUGGUACAUCGAGGCAGCCUCCAGUCCGAAGGAUGUCUUGAUUUUGAUCGAUACAUCUGGUAGCAUGACCGGUAUUCGCAGGGAAAUUGCUCGACACGUGGUGAACAAUAUAUUGGAUACUCUUGGGAACAAUGAUUUCGUUAACAUCAUCACGUUCUCCAAUGUUACCAAGGAGGUGGUACCCUGCUUCAACGACACCCUGGUCCAAGCAAAUUUGGCUAACGUGAGGGAGCUGAAGCGAGCAAUCGCGAACCUGAACACCGAAAAAAUUGCAAAUUUCUCGUUGGCCUUGACCACCGCCUUCGAGCUACUCGAGUCCUAUCGAACCGAGAGGGAGGGUGCCAGAUGCAACCAAGCGAUCAUGCUGAUAACGGACGGAGUUCCGUACAACUACAAAGACAUCUUCGAGACUUAUAAUUGGAAGGACAAUCUCGACGAACCGUUCAAAGCCGACAUGCCUGUUAGAAUGUUCACUUAUUUGAUCGGCAGAGAGGUUGCAGACGUGAAGGAGGUUCAGUGGAUGGCUUGCGCCAAUAGGGGUUACUUUGUACACCUUUGCACUUUGGCAGAAGUCAGAGAAGAGGUACUCAAAUACGUUCCUGUAAUGGCAAGGCCUCUGGUCCUUGGUCGUACCGAUCAUCCAACGAUUUGGACUCCUGUAUACGCGGACAUAACUGAUCCAAAGAUGACCGACUGGCUGUGGGAACAGAGGGAGAGCGAGGAGCAGAAAGAAAGGUUCCUGAGGCUUCACAGAAGGAAGAAAUUAUUCAACACGGAAGAACGGGACCGUAGGUUCGUGAAGAAACAGAAGAGAUCGUACGAACAGGGGGCCGAUUUACAGGAAUACAAACUGAUGACCUCGGUCAGCAUGCCGGUGUUCGACAGACGGGAGAACGCGAACAUCACAAGGCAGGUGCUGGUGAACGAAGCGUACUGGGUGACAGAGACAAGAGAGACGAGGAUCGCCGAUCUCCUCGGUGUUGCCGGUACGGAUGUUCCUAUUGAAGAGAUACAGAAGCUGAUGAUGCCACACUUGCUCGGUGUCAACGGGUAUGCGUUCAUUGUGACCAACAAUGGUUUCAUCCUGAUUCAUCCAGACCUCCGGCCAGUGUUCCAGGGUAUCUUGAAGCCAGCGUACAACAGCGUCGACAUGGCGGAGGUGGAACUGAUGGACCAGGAUAGAGGUCCAAGAGAAUUCGAUGAGGGAAUCAUUAUGCUGCGAAACGAUGUGGUGAAUCAAGCAAAUGGUAGCGUUACGCUGCACACGAAAUAUCAUUAUGACGAUAUGAAACGCGUGGGCAGGGUAAAAAGGAAGUACGAUUACACGGGCAUACCAAACACGCCUUUCACGGUGGUGGUCAGUCUGCCGGAACACAACCACACCGGAAGUUAUCGUGUGCACGCUACCGAGGAGAUCCAUCGUGCCCACGUUAGUGGCAAGAACGUCUCAGAUUAUUUCACUGGUACCAACUGGCUGGUGCAUCCCCAUUGGUUGUACUGCAAGUACCACUAUGAGGAUGAACGAUCGUUCAAUUCCUCGGAGGCACGGCUGUUACAUUUCCUGGAACGUACGCGUCAACCUCGCUGGAAAUGGAACGACAUGAAACAACCAUCCCAACCGCCAGAGUACUCAGCCACUAGUUCCGGCAACGAUACUCAUCGUAAAUCAAAGCCUCCACCGUACAAAGCGGACAAAGAUUCUUACUACUGCGACAGGGAUCUUCUGUUAAGUCUGGUGUUCGACGCAAAGGUAACCGAGUGGUUUGCGAACCCCAGCACUACGCGCGAAGAAAAAGCGAAAGAGUUCCAACAACGUUUCGGCGUGACACUCGCGUUCAUGGCCACCCACAGCGGCCUGACAAGAUGGCAAGACUUCCUCCUGGACGAAGAGGACACCAUGCCCGACGAUCACUUCAGCAAAAUGUAUCCAAGAGCCAUCGACGAGGUAUGGUACAAACGUGCCGUGGAACAGCAUUACGUUGAACCAGAGAGCUUUGUAUUCUCCGUGCCAAUCGACGAAGAGGGUGCUGAUAACACCACUUUGGUCACUGCCAGUCGUGCCAUUUUUAUCGAAACAAGGAAAGCAAAGGCGCCAGCAGCAGUCGUAGGCUUCCAGUUCCAGCAUACAGCUCUUCAGGGACUAUUUCAGAAUAUAACAUUUAGCUGUGAAGGACUUGGAAAUUGUCACACACAUUGUGGAGCAGAUAACUGGGCCUGCUACUUGAUUGACAAUAAUGGAUACAUAAUCGCAGCUGAAGACGAAUCAGAUGCUGGGAAAUUCUUCGGUGAACUUAGAGGACCCGUUAUGUCCAGCCUCGUUAAGGAAGGCGUCUUCGAGAAAAUUAGGAUAUUUGAUUAUCAAGCUGUCUGUUUCAAGAGCACGCAGACCAGUAACGAUGGCAAUAUCUUGCUCACUCCAUGGAAGAACGCGCAGAAGAUGAUGUCGUGGAUGGUCAGCCAAGCAGUCUGGGCUUGGGCCAAAGCUGGUAUUUGGGAAUCCGAGUACGCGGAGGCGUAUGCUUAUCCGAACGAGGAAGAAGGCAUGCACGAAGACUAUCAAGAGAACGAGGAGAAACCUCCAGUCGAUGCAAAGGAUGAAAAACUGUUCGAUCAGAAGGUCUUGAUUAAUCGGACACGACCAGAAGCCUGCGAUCAAGAAGUGUAUCUGUACCUGCGAAACGCAUCCUUCAACUCGUACGACAUUGAAUCCGACGUGAACGAGAAUUGUAUGAGACCGUACAUCGUUCAACCGGUCGAACUGAGCAACAUGCUUCUGUUGGUCGUUAACACCGACUGCAAAGACACCGUGUCACCUCCUCUGAGCGUCAUCCCGGAAGAAGUAAUUUACGAGAACAACUCGCUGGUAUGCCAAAAAGCACUGACCACCCUGAAAAGAAGGAGACCUCAGUCGUGUAUUCGUAGCCAUCCAAGGGAAAGCGAGAUCAAAGAUCUCUGCGGUUUCGCUCCAAACGUAGCACCAAACGUUUACCUCCUCCUCGUUCUGUUAACGACAUGUACUAUUGCUAGACGAAUCAUCGGUUUCCAAUGAAAUGUCGAUUCCUCUGGCUCAAUGCGAACGUCGAAGAACAGAUGAGGAGAUCAAAGUUCAAUUUACCAAAAAGAAUGCAUUUCUUUUGCCAAUUAAAGCUGCUAAGGAGGAAAAGUACAAGUUGAGAAUGAUUGUUUGCGGGGUAAUCAAUGUUUCUCUUGUUUUCAUAGUUAUUGCAAAUUCGCAAUGUUGUAAUGUUCAUAGAGAAGGAUUAUCAGAGUCCUGAUCUCUGUUGAAGCCUUGAUGAUGGUGCAGGCAGGCUCUGCAGAUCGUGAUACAAGGAUCAAGUUGUUUUUAUUUAGAACUCUUGUUAGAACUUCGAAUCAGAUUAUGUCUGGGUACUCUGUCGUCCUUGAAUGCAUGACUCUUAAGAUGAAAAAGGAAGUCCGUGAAUCGAUGCUGAAGUAGUCCUAAAACAACCUUACUGCCUGAAACACAACACGGUGUCCACCCGGUAUGCGUCUCUGCUCUAUUCUUCUUUUUCUUUAUCUACGACUAUUGUUAUUCUAUAUAUCGUUUAUAUUACUUUACUCUGUGCAAAAUUCAGAUAAUCAAAAUUUUAUAGACCAAGAAGAAAAACAUACUGUUAACAUAAAGCGUUCAAAUACUGUUACUUGCUCUAUGAAUCGCGGGUCGACCAAUCUAAGCGUAGGACGAAGAUUUCAGUGGCCAGAAUACAUAAAACGCGUUUAAGAUCUAGGUUUGAAGAACGCGGCGCAAACGAGGAAGUUGUUUCGUUUGUAGGUGGAGAACGCACCUACAUUUCGUGGGAUAAUUGAUAAAUGGAAGUAACAGGGCAAUGAUAAAAUCGCGUUACGUCGAGAACUCAAUUCGACGUGGUCGCUGGUGUCAGUUUUUAGAACGAUAAAGUAGUUAGGAUCUUAUAAAAGAGCAUAUUAAAGAACAGAGACGUAUACGAAGGGCGUACCGUCACCGAUACUAUUGAACACAUUCAUAUUAUGCGCUUUGUACAUUAACCGAUGUAAAACGUGUCGUUUGAUAUUUAUAGAAGAUUACGGAUAUUAAUUUUGUAUAUUAAUGUACUAUAAUAACGAGAGUUACAAGGAUGUGUGCCUUUGGACACGCGGUUAAAACAAAAUAAUAAGGUAUUGUUGUAUGUUUUUCAAAUAAACAAGUAAACUCUCUACUCGGUUAGCUCUCUGCUUUCUUCAGCGAAACAGAAAGAACUUACAUCGUGGCGAGUUGAAAUUCGAAAAACGAA